UACAGUGGCACUAUUACUUCCCUUGAUCUAGAUGCUAUACUCCUAUUGAUGCAGCCCAGAAUUGCAAAAUUGCCCAAAAUUGGUCUGAGCCACACCUUUCCCGGGAGCAGCCAAUCCACGGAGGGCGGAUCCGCCCUCGAAUGAAACGAGAAGGGAUCCAGAGCUUCUCGCGCAAACACACGUCUUCCCUCCCUCCCACCAAGCAGUUUUAAGGAAAGCGUUGCCUCGUGUGGGAAAAGGCCCUUUGCCAGAAAAUAAAUGGCACCCAGGCGAGAGCAGACUCAGGACUUGCCUGCAAAGCCAGAUUUUCACCUUUCACUCCCCCCCCCUCACACCCGCGCGCGCAACUUUCGCUGCUCCACCUGCGUUGAUUCGUGGGCACUCGGCGCGCCUUCUCAUUCAUGCGCGCUCGGUUCAUUCAUUGAUGGUUGCCCCAAACACGCCACGCCCCCGCCGCCCCCCCCCCGCAGGGAAAGGCGUGGCUUCGGCCGCCACUAUUUAUCGGUCGCCUGGAGCAGCUUUCGAACUUUCCCUUUCUCGCGGGUGCUUCCUCCGCAUCCACAGUUUCGCCAUCUCUGGACGCUGGCCGUUCUCGGCUCUCUCUUCCCUACCCACAUAAGUACCGGAAUUGGCAGCAGGCAGCGUUUUGGCAGUUCCAGGAAGAGAACCACCAUGGCUGCUGAGAACCUCAGGAAGAGGCUUCAGGAGGAGGUGACUUGCUGCAUUUGCCUCGACUUCUUCACCGAUCCUGUUACCUUAGAGUGCGAGCACAGCUUCUGCUCCGCCUGCAUUGCCCAGUGUCGGGGGGAAUCUUCUUCCAACGCCCUCUGCCCUCUGUGUAAAAGGGCCUUCCGGGCAACGAAGUCCAAGCCGAACAAGCAACUGGGCAACUUUGCCGAGAUAGCCAAGCAGCUGAGAGAUCAGGAGAAGGAGGAGGCUGAAGGGAGGCGCUUCUGCGGGAGACACGGGGAGCCCCUGAAACUCUUCUGCAAGGAUGACCAAGUCCCCAUCUGUGUGGUGUGUGACUGGUCCAAGGAGCACAAAGGACAUGAAGUGGUUCCCAAGGAGGAGGCUGCCCAAGAGUACAGGGAUCACAUCUGCAGCUUGCUGGAAGUGAUGAGGAAGCAGAGAGAAGAGAUACUGGUGCAUAUAUUGAAUACAGAAAAGGAAAGCCAAGACCUGCUUAAACGGAUAGAAUCCGAGCGGGAGAAAAUGACGGUGGGAGUCAAGCAGCUGUACCACAUUAUCAAAAAGCAACUGGGCUUCAUUGUGGCACAGAUGGAGUGGGCCAAGAAGGAGAUUGUGACGAAGAGGGACGAGCAAAUGGCCAAACUCUCCCAGGACCUCUCCUCUCUGGGCAGCAGCAUCCAAGAGAUGGAGCAGACAUCUCGGCUUCCUGUGAGCGACUUCCUGCAGGACGUUGCAGGCACCUUGCAAAGGAGCAAGGAGGUCAAGUUUAAAAACGUAGCCACUUUCCCUCCAAAACUAAAAUGGAAAACUUGGGAAUUUUGGGACGUCACUGCCAUUUUGCAGAAGUUCACAGAGAAAUUCAAAGGCAAUCUGAUAUCUGGAUAUUCACUGCGUAAAGCGAAAGUGUCUCUGAACUCAGCCACGGCCCAUCCUCGGCUCGUCGUAUCCGAGGACCUGAGAAGUUUGGCGCUGGCAGAAAGGCCGCAGGCCCUUCCCCUCAGCGCUGGCCGAUUUGAGCGCUGGCCGUGCGCUCAGUGCCGGGAGUCCUUCAGCUCUGGCAGAAGCUACUGGGAAGUCGAAGUGAGGAACGAGGGCGCCUGGGCUCUGGGCAUCUCAAAACCGCUUGUGGCGGUCAGGAAGGACGCACAGCCUUCCCCGGAAGCCGGCGUCUGGGCUAUUGGGAGGUGGGAGGGUCAGUACAGGGCUGUUGUCCCACCGCAUUACCCUUUCCUGUAUCCGAGCAGGGAGCCCCAAAGAAUACGAGUGGCCCUGAAUCUGGAUGCUCAACAGGUGGCUUUUUUUGAUGCUGAGGCAGCAAGCCUGCUCCACACUUUCUCCUUAGCCGAAUCCUCGUCCGACACCUUCUGCCCCUUCUUUUGGAUCUGGAAAAAAUCCCAUCUCCAACUCUGCCCGUGAGAAAGGAGUGCAGCCUUUCUUGUUGAUCUAUUUUCUGCUCCUUCCCUCUGGCUUCUCCCAAUGCAAACUUAACAACAAACCUUCAGACCAAAAGCCUAGAUAUUCUUCCACACUCUAAGGUUCUGUUUACCGUUUUCCACAAAACAGAAGCUGCCUCUCUUUGAAACCAGUGUAAAUGCUUUUUAAUGUUUGAUUUUACCUUACAGAAUGAGCAGCCUUGGAGGUUUCUUUAGAACCAUGGAAGUUUUAUAUAUAUAUUCUUAACACACAAAUAAAAAGAAUAAAGGGU